AUGACCCUCUCUAGAUGUAAUCCAUACUUUCAUUCACACUCGGUGGGGCUUAGUGCCCAACCUGUUAUUUCGAGCAUGAAAACUCAGCGCCAUGUAUUUCUAAGAUUUUCUAAAGGAGAUGAUUACCAUAAAGCCUUUGCUCAAGAGACCCGUGACAUCAAUGGUAGUCCUUAUUGUGCCUUCAAAUGGUCGACUAAUUUUAUAAAGGAUAAGGAACCAUCUUUGGUUCCGGUGUUUUUACCUGGUUUACCUGCCAAUUUCUAUCACGAAUCUUACCUCCAGAAUCUUGCCUUGUUGAUUGGAACUUAUUUAAAAGGUGAUAAGAGUAUGAGAUGUGCCACUCGAACAGAUGGUGCAAGAUUUUGUGUUGAGAUGGAUGCAGCAUCAAAACCGAUUGAUGGGUUUUGGAUUGGUAUUCCUCGGGCCCCUUCAAGUCAUUAUCAGCCUGUGAUUUACGAGACUCUUCCCGCAUACUGUUGUUUGUGCAAGAUGCAGGGGUAUAACUCUAGUAUGUGUAAAAAGGCAAAGAAAAAUCCUAGAAUUGGGAAAGAAGAGGGGGUACGGAAUCUAAAGAUGAACACUGUGCUAGAGACACAUAAUGAAGGUGUGCAAAAGGGUGACCUGCUUCUUAUAGAAGAAAUAGAAGAAGGGGAUUUAGAGCAGGGAAAUGCAAAGGCCUUCGAGAUUGUUCAAGUCAACCUGCCUGGUGGGGAUGAUCAAGCUGAAAAGGACUGUCCAUGGGCUAAGGCUGAUUCCCCUGUUUUGCUGCAGGAUGAGCUUGCAUCUGCCAUGCCAUUAACUUUGGAUGAGCAUCAGGCUGCUUAG